AGCAUGUGAAGAGUCUACAUGGUAGGAGUUCGUGGGCAACUGGGCAAUGACCAUGGUGUAGUGGUGGCGUUGUUAAACAUCUGCUCGCACAAUUUCUGCUGCAACACUCCCUUUUCCUGUCACUUCAUCUUCUUCAUUCUACCAAAUUUCCUGUAACUUCCUUCUUCAUUUCGCUACAAAAUUUAACAUUUUUAUCAUUUUAAGCUCAAAAUUCUCCAAAACUCUGUCAUCUUCUUUUUGCCAUUUUUAGUAAUCAAGGUUUAAUCACCCCAUUUCCAGAAAUUUAAACCCCACUUUUAUGCUUUCUCUCUCUUCAUCUGGGUUCUCACUUUCAUUUUUAAGGUGACCAAGCUAUGUCACAACUCGUGGAGGAAAACCAGAAAACUUUCAAAUGGGGAAUCAAGAUUGUAACAGAUGAUUCAGAAAUUAAGUCUUACAAGUCUUUUACAUAUCAAGGUGUUCAAUAUUUUCUUCAAGACUGUGUUUACCUAUAUCGGGAAGGUGCAAAAGACACCGAUAUAGGUAAACUGGUAAAGAUGUGGGAGUCAAAAACAGGAGCAAAGAGAGGGAAAGUUAUCUGGUUUUUCCGCCCAGUAGAUGUUUGUAACUUCUUACGAGAGUAUGAGCCUUCUUGGAAUGAGCUGUUUUUGGCUUCUGGUGAGGGCAGAGGAGUUUCAAACAUAAUCCCUCUGGAAGCUAUUGUUGGGAAAUGCAAUGUUGCAUGUACUGCAAAGGAUAGAAGGAACACUCUUCUAUCUAAAUCAGAUUUGGCAAAGGCUAACUACUACGUUUCCCACAUCUUUGAUGUCGGAGAUCUAAGGAUAUCAGAUAAGUUUCCUGAUAUCAUUGACAAGAUAAAAGUGGAACGUUUGUUCAAUUGGAGUCAAAAUAAUCCCAAAGGAAAUUUAGAAUGCAGGACUGGUCUCUCUGCUGGUGCACAGUUGAAAGUUGCAGAAAAACCUACAAACACUGCUGAAAAGCCUACAAAGAUCGAAAUUUUGCAUGCAUCUGAGAAUUUUGAGAAUCGAGAUAAGCCCAAAGCAAAUGUAGAAUGCAGGAAUGAUCCUAGUGCUAAUGCACUAUUGAAAGUUAAAGAAAAACCUACAUACACUGCAGAAAACCAUAUAAAGGCAGAAGUUCUGAGUAUACAUGAGAAUUUGGAGCAUCACACUUUAGAAGCUCCACCUUUGAAGAAGAGGAAAAUUCUACCAGUGGCAGAGACAGAUCCUCCCUCACCAUCUCAGGAUACCCGAAGAUGGUUCUUCACGUUGCCGUGGGAAGAUAAAGUAAAGGAGGCUCAUGAGCAAGGAACUCUCGUCCACUUGUAUAACUUGGAUCUGUCUCAUACUGCAUUAGACGUACAGGAAAUGAUUUCAAAGGCUUUUAAGGUUAAGGCUCAUGCAAAAGUCAUUCCACGCAGACAUUCUUUUGAUGUAUAUGGGCAUGCAUUGGUUAUAUUUGAAUCGAAGGAUGAUGCAGAUCUCGUCAUGUGUUUGUUAAAAGAUAGGUGUCUUGUAGUCGGGGAAGGAAGGCCUCUCGUUGCUUGCAAAGCCACUUUUAAUGAACCUGAUAUGACUCUGAAUUUUCCUGGCCAUCUCAUCAUGGAUUCACUGAAGCACAAAUUUAACGUUAACAAGAGAAAGGCUGUGUUUGCUUCCCACUGUGCACAGGCAAAUACAAUUGAACAUGAGAUGGCAAUGCAAUGGCGCAUGCUUCAAAAUAAAUCAGAUCUCUGGUGGGAAGCUUUAUAUAAGGGACAAGCAAAAGAGUUUUCACACUGUCAGAACCAGAUAAUGAAGCAUCGAACAGAUGAACUUAAUACAUCGGCAGUAGAGGUAACUGUUGCACAUGAAUCGUCUGAUGUACCUAAUAGAACAGAAGUAGAGAGACCUUCGGCGCCCAAAUCAGAUGAACCUAAUAGAACAGCUGUAGAAGUUACUUCUGGACCUGAAUCUCCUGUUGAGAGGCCUCAAAGUGCAUCACAUCCGACUUUGUUGUGAUUUUUAUGGUUGGGCAAUUGAAGAGUUUUGUGUACAGAAGGAUUCAGAUUGAGCUAACUGCUACUGUGUGCUUGAUAUGUUUUUGGAUGUUGAGCACGAUAUAUUUAGCAAGUCGCCAUUUGAAGAAUUUGCGGGUUGCACCCCUUGGAUCCAAUCAUAGUUUCUCAAAUAGAACAUAUGAAGCUGUCUAAAUCCUUUUUGCUACAAAUUUGAACAAUUACUAUUUCUGAGGCAAUGUAAAUAACUUCCUUCUUGAAAACACAAUUAUAAAUUUUUCCUUCGAUCGUAAUUAUAGAUUCUCCCUUAAAAUUUCUGUAAUGAUCUAUGUGUCAUACUUUAAUUAUUGGGCUAUUAAAUGACCAUUCUGUACUU